CGAGGCCUCCCCGGAUUGGCCGGCGCGGCGGAGAGGCGCGCGCGGGCCGUCCGUCCGUCCGUCCGCCCGUCCCAGCCAUGAACUGCCUGACCGUGCCCGGUGUCCACCCCGGCUCGCCCAGCCGCCCGCGGGGACAGAUCCAGGUGAUCUUCGGGCCCAUGUUCUCCGGGAAGAGCACGGAGCUGAUGCGGCGGGUGCGGCGGUUCCAGCUGGCCCAGUACCGGUGCCUGCUGGUGAAGUACGCUAAGGACACGCGCUACGGGUCCUCCGGUGUCUCCACGCACGACAGGAGCACCAUGGAGGCUCUGCCAGCCAGCCUGCUCAAGGACGUGUACCAGGAGGCCCUGGGCUCUGCGGUCAUCGGCAUUGACGAGGGCCAGUUUUUCCCAGACGUUGUGGAGUUCUGUGAGAUGAUGGCCAAUGCUGGGAAAACUGUCAUCGUUGCUGCUCUUGAUGGGACUUUCCAGAGAAAGGCCUUCGGGAGCAUCCUGAACCUGGUGCCACUGGCGGAGAGCGUGGUGAAGCUGAACGCCGUGUGCAUGGAGUGCUACCGAGAAGCCUCCUACACGAAGAGGCUGGGAGCAGAGAGGGAGGUUGAAGUGAUUGGAGGAGCAGACAAGUACCACUCUGUUUGCCGAGCCUGCUACUUCCGCAAGCGGUCUCAGCAGUCUGGGUCCGAAAACAAGGAGAACAUGCCCAUAGGGGUGAAGCAGCUUGACGUGGCUGCCUCCCGCAAGAUCUUUGCUUCUUGACUGCUGGGUUCCCGCAUGGGGAAAAACAAGAGGAAGGAAGGAAGCUAAGUGCCACAGCUCCCAGACGCUAGAUCUGGCUUCCUCUGCUUUUAGCAAAACUUAAGUGUCUUAGCUCUACCUGCCAAACCAAGCCGCUGUUCCUCUGCACCGAGCACCAGGAAAGGGGAGAAUCAACCGGACCUGAUGCCGGGGGGGAGGGGGAAACUGAAGCAGGAGCCCAACUAAAAGUGAGUUUCUUUCUCGGAAUGCGAAAAAGACAGCGCUGUAGUUACUGAUGCUGCCACACAAACAGGUCCUGGAAAACUCACAGCAAGCCAGGCUGCAGCACUUCCAUCGCUCGCCAGAGUUCUGGCUGGCUCUCCUGGUCUGCUGCCUGUGUCCAGACUGGCACUGGUGGCUGGUUCACUUGCCUGUGAACGCAACCGUCUUUUUCUCUUGUGUGCUGUUGCAAAAUUCCAGGUUUCUUAAGACAAUGUGCAGUAACUUAGUAUUUUAAACCCACUUCCUUUUCUUAAUGCAGUCUGAGGAGAUAACCGAGCCCUUGUAGUAGAGCUGUGGCACAACUUUUCAACUGACAGUGGUAGCAGCAGCUUGGCCCUCAGCAGUCCCUUUGCACAAUUGUGCGUGGCCUGUCCGUUUGCCAUUACGCUCACUUGCUGUAACUGUCUUUUAAUUUUUUGUUGAAACAAAAGAGGAGGAAAGGAAGGCUUGACUUGACGGCCAACAGUGAGCUCCUCCUAGCUCUUGAACUUCAAAAGGGCUAGCAGUAGUAGUCUGUAUUAAGACAGAAUCCUUCUGGAAGAACAAGGCUUCACUUUAGGACAAGCCUCUUCUCCAAAACCAGGGCGGUUUUGCUCAAGUCCAAGUUUGAGGCUGCCACUUUAGUGUUCAUUUACCCGUGAAGGGUUUGGAGGCUCAGGAUUUAAUCUGUAAAGGUUUGGGCUACUCUUCUGUGAAGAUCCAGCUACUUGGAAAAGGGUCUCUGCUUUAAGUGGGUGGUUCUCGACUCUAGUCAUGUAUCUUGCUUCCUCCUAAGCCUCCCAAAAAUUCUCGAGGCUGGUUCUUCCUCUGCUGUAAGUUUAUUGAAGGAUCCUCUUGCCCCUUUGCUUGACUUGGCUUCUGGAAGGGUUCUGUUUUUUUUUUUUUUUCACUCUUGCAAAAGUGCUUUUCCUUGUAAGCCAGCAUCCACGAGCUCCAAGCAGUAGCUCUUGGUUCUGGCCAGGUCAAAUCUCCAUGCACAAAUGCAGUGUGCUCUGUUUGCUAGGAGCAGGCACCUCCCUAGAAGGUUACAAGAGCUGUCUGAAACCCCUGCUCCCUCUGUGAUGCUUGAAGUGAUGACAGUUGUAGGGCUUGUGAGUACUUGGUUGUCAGGCCUGGGCUUUCUUUCCCCCUAGGGACAGGGAAGGCAGCACUGCUACUGGUUUAGGUCAAUAAAUAACUUAAUGAAA